AUGUCUGCCUCGCGCCCGCCUGCCUACGCCUACGCCGCGCCCGCCGCUGCCGCUGCCGCUGCCGCUCCUCCCGUCCACUCGAUGCAGCCCCAGCACCCGCCUGCCCGCCGGAAAAAACAGCCCAACUGGGGCGAGUUCUAUAAAAAUGGUAUCCCAAAGGAGAUCAUCGUCAUUGACGACGACGACGAUGACACCACCACCACCACCACCACCACCACCACCAACAACAAAAAAAAUACCAAUACCAAUACCAACGAUCAUCUGCCCCCUCAGCCCGCUACCAGCAACCCAGCGUACACCGCGGCCGUCGCUGCCGCUGCGGCCGCUGCUGCUGCCCUCAAGCCCGCCUUCGCCGCCCAGCCCGCACAACCCGCCAGCAAGAAGCGACGCACCGGCGUCGAUACCUACGACCGCUCCUACCACGAGCCCGCGGCCUACACGCCCACCGUCCACCCCUACGCCGACGCCUCGUCUGCCACCUCGCUCUCCACCGACCGCACCGCCUCGCUGCACACCACCGCCCCGACCUCGCUCGGCUCCCACGGCAGCGUGCCCUCCAGCAGCCUCUACUACGACGACGCCGCCGCCAUUGGUCAAAAACGAAAACGCGUCGUCACCCGCAAGGCCGCCCGUGACGAGCAGAAGCGCCGCGAGCUAGAGAUUGCUGGCGAUGCCUUUGAUAACUACAUCCCGCCGCCGAACCCGCCUAUUAAGGCCAAGGACGUAUAUGUCCCUGUCAUUCGUGAUCCCACCUUCACAAAGCAUUCGAAAGUCGACGAUGACGACGGCCACUACAUUGUUAACCCAGACACUAAUUUGACUGAUCGCUACACCAUCAUCAAGCUCCUUGGCCAAGGCACCUUUGGCAAGGUCGUAGAGGCCUACGACCGCCAAAAAAAGACCCGCUGUGCCGUCAAAAUCAUCCGCUCUGUCCAAAAAUACCGGGAUGCUUCUCGGAUCGAACUGCGCGUCUUGUCAACACUAGCGUCAAACGACCAGACCAACCGUAACAAGUGCAUUCACCUUCGCGAUUGUUUUGACUUUCGCAAUCAUAUCUGCAUCGUCACCGAUCUCCUGGGCCAGAGCGUCUUCGACUUUUUAAAAUCCAAUGGCUUCGUCCCAUUCCCUAGUAGCCAGAUUCAGAAUUUUGCCCGCCAGUUAUUCACCAGUGUUGCCUUUCUUCACGAUGUCAACCUCAUCCACACUGAUCUCAAACCCGAGAACAUUCUCCUGGUCAAUGGCGCUUACCAGACCUUUACAUACAACCGCACAAUCCCGUCAUCUUCGUACACCGUCAAUAGAACUUCUCGACAAAGGCGCGUGCUAUUAGACAGCGAUAUUCGCUUGAUAGAUUUUGGUUCUGCCACUUUCCAAGACGAAUACCACUCUUCCGUUGUGUCAACUCGCCACUACCGCGCCCCAGAGAUCAUUCUCAAUCUGGGAUGGAGUUUUGCCUGUGAUAUUUGGAGCAUCGGAUGCAUCCUGGUAGAAUUCUUUACGGGCGAUGCCCUUUUUCAGACCCAUGACAACCUCGAGCAUCUCGCAAUGAUGGAAAGCGUCUGUGGAACCCGCAUAGACACGAGAUUGGUGAGACAGGUCAUGCAAGGACGUGGUGGAGCUAAUCCCUCUGCUAAAUAUUUUAACCGCACAAGGUUAGAUUAUCCUAACCAAGAAACAAGUCGAGCGUCGCGAAAAUACGUAAAAGCCAUGAAGCAAUUGCAGGAUUUCAUCCCUUCAAACACCCCCUUCAACAAGCACUUCUUAGAUCUACUCCGCCGAAUAUUCGUAUAUGACCCACACUCUCGAAUCACUGCUUUGGAUGCACUCAAACACCCCUGGUUCAAAGAAUCGACACUUGACGAUGGCACUGAGGCCGUUCGUAUUGGCCAACAGAUGCAGAAAGAUCGAGCAGCCCGAGCAUGA